AUGUGUCGUUUGCUUAUCACAAUUGAUAUUUGAUGAUUAGUGAGAAUCUGGUGAUAAUUCUUAAGAAGUCUUACCCAUCACUUUUUUAUUCGCAGUAUACCUGUUAUCUGUAAACCGGUUUGUGCUAGUGUGAGCAGCCUUUUUAUCCAUAGCUCGCCGACAUGUUUAAGAACUUGACAUAGUUAUCAGAAAGCACCAGUUCACAUUGGAUGUGUGUAAAGUAUAUAUUGCUGCAUGUUUGCUACACAAAAUAGCUGUUUAUUAAAAUUAGUUCAACGAUUGAAACUAACGCAACUUUGUUUUCAGCACGAUGAGCCUACCAAGAGUUUUGGUAACCAGUAAUGCAACGCCGACACCAGGAAUCGAUCUGCUUCAAGCAAAAUGCAAUGUCACUAUUAUACCAGCUAUUGUAAGUACUCGAGAACAAGUGUUGCAAGCUCUUCCUGGACAUGACGCUGUAUUUCUUGCUAGUCAUCAUGUUGUCAACAACGAGUUCCUUGAUAUUGCCGGCCCGAACUUGAAAGUCGUGUCGACCAUGUCAGCCGGUUACGAUCAUUUAGACGUCCCGGAAAUUAAAAAGAGAGGCAUCAAAGUUGGCCACACGCCGAUGGUGUUGUCUGCUGCAGUCGCAGAAAUGGCUGUGCUCUUAAUGUUAUCUGCAGCAAGACGUGUUCAUGAAGGUCGCACAAAACUAGACCAAGGCGAGACAAGAUCCGGACCACAAUGGUUGCUGGGACAAGAUUUACGAGGCUCUACAGUCGGCAUUUUUGGUUUGGGAAAUAUCGGUCAAGCUGUCGUCAAACGAUUAACGGGAUUUGAAGUAGGACGCUUUAUUUAUACCGGACAUUCACGAAAGAAAGCAGGUGAUGAGCUCGGAGCAACAUUUGUAUCUUUAGACGAGCUUCUGCAGCAGAGCGAUUUUCUGGUGAUUUCGGCUCCUUUAACCAACGAAACCAAAGGCUUUUUCAAUGACAGCGUUUUUGAUAAAAUGAAAAAGACAUCUAUUUUCGUAAACAUAUCGCGCGGUCAAAUUGUUAAUACCGAUUCACUCGUAAGAGCUCUUCGUGAUAAGAAGAUAUUUGCUGCUGGAUUAGACGUCACGGAUCCAGAACCGCUACCACCAGAUCACGAACUUUUAAAAUUACCUAAUGCUGUGAUUGUGCCACAUUUAGGUAGUGCGACUAUCAAAACUCGCAAUGACAUGUCGACAAUCGCAGCACAGAACAUUCUUAAUGGUCUUGAGGGCAAGCCAUUGAUUUAUCCCUUAUAAUAAAUCAUUUUUUCUGUAUUAUAAAUUGUUCUUGUAUUAUCUAUACAAAUAUAGCACUAAAACGAUUCUGUCUAUCGAUAUGUAAUGUAAUAUAAAUUUGAUAGAAAACUU